AUGCCGCCUACACCAGGCAAUCCUUCCACUACUCCGAAGGCUUCACGGGAUAUCGUACAUAUCCCACCAAUCUUUCAAAACAAUGCCGUUCGCAACACUAGCAAUCUAACGGCAAGCCGUGAUAGUCCUCGUACGGUCGGACGGAUUGAGAGCCCGUUUCUGGCGUCCUCAAGUCAAGCUCAAUCGCGGGAGAUAUCCCCCAUACGACGUCCUCGGGAGAGCUCGCCACCAAAUGGCGGGGGUGUCAUCUCUUCGCACAGGCGACUGAAUUCCGCCCAAGCUACAUCUAAUAUUCGUGAACUUGGAGGCAUACAUGCGAAUGGUGGUGCUCCUCCCCCAGUGCCUGGACACGCAAGCAAUAGGAAUAGUACCCCCACCCCGAAAGAAUUGUUUGGGACUCAGAACAGUUUUCCAACCUUGAGAGAGUCUGGGAGCCAGCCUAAUCUCCCCGCCAAUCAUCCACCGAGUUUCCCUGCGCUAAGAGAAUCUGGUAGUUUCCCUGCAAUGAAGGACUCAAUGCAAAUACCUGGUUACCGAAGCUCAUUGGACCUUGAUAAAGUUCCAUCAUUACUUCCCCCAAUGCGUGGAUUCAAAUCCCAGGAAAGCUCACCCCCGGGUCCUAGUAAUGCUCUUGCGGCAUCAACUUUCUCAACCUCCCCAAAAGAAUCAAGGGAACGGGAUUGGAGUAAGGAUUCGCAGGAAAAAGAAAUGGAGGACCGACGCAGGGAUUGGGAGCGAGAUGAAGUUCCUAAGUUUACAGUUCAUGACCUCGAGACUCUCACAUCUCAGCUUUCUGGACUCACAUCAAUCGCUAAUAGCUUGCAACGAGAAAUGGCAAAUCUAUCUCGCCGUUCAAAGGAUAACGCUACCGAUCUUAUAUCUCUGAAAGAAGCUACCAGAAGUAGAGACGAGGAUAUUCGGACUAGUCUUCGUGAUCUUGUUCAUAGCCUCCGGAACAUGGAGAACGACAGGUUAAACGAAAGUCACAAUUCAUCUGUUCCUAUGAUUACCGCUGGAUCGAGCAGUAGUCGCGCCUCAAGCUUUGCCAGUGACCUUGCUUCUUCGAAAAUUUCAACAGCAAGCUCUAAAGCUUCUAGUAUCGACAAGCCGAAUAUCGAGAUGCAAGCACUUGACAAGAUCUUGAAAGAUAUGCCCACAAAAGAAGAACAGGAGAGAUUGAGAGUCCUUUUACACGAUGUUCAAGAGACCUUGAAGUCUCAGGCCAACAAAGUUGAAAGCGAGAAAAAGGUUUUAUCGUUACUGGAGGAGUUCAAGGACCGGGAGUAUGCCAGGGGCAAGGAGCUAGCUAUCCCUGGGAAACUACCUGAACAAGCAGAGGAGAAGAUUAUGGCUAUGCUACACGAUCUCCGGGAUGAUCUCCACCAGCGGGAACCAAAGGAAGUCGAUAGACGAGUUUUGUUCAUGCUCGAGGAGAUUAAGCAAAAGGACGUAGAGGAUGAAGAGCGGAUAUUUUCUGUUCUGGAAGACUUGAAAGAAAGAGAAGGGGACGAGCGAAUCGAGACAGUUCUCUCCUUACUUCAAGAGCUUAAAGAGCAAGGGGAUGAUGCCAAAGUUCUCUCUUUCUUAGAGGAAAUAAAGGUCAGAAUCGACAGCAUGACCACGGACCUAGAAAAGUGCGUUAGUGCGAUACAAAACAAACCAAAGUCGGAAUCCUCUCCCGAGUCUGAGUCCAGGUCGACCGAUUCGAUUGCUAGCAGCGAUCAUGUUCUUGAGGUUUUGAAUAGCGUGAAGGAAGGUGUUGUUAAUGGAGGGGAUAUAAUGGAAGAGGUCAAGAGUUUAUUAGAGGAUUUUGUGGAAAGGAAGGGUGGACAAGAUCAAAGGGAAGCCCAGCAGAUCCUAAAAGAUUUGAUGAAGGAAAUUGAGGUUUUGGUAACCGAGCAACGUCACGCUAUUGCUAGGUUGAAUAAUUCUUCGGGCCUCCCAUCAACUGCUCUCACUUUCAAUCCCCCACUCCCGCCAGAUCUCGAUAAUGAAGCCGCUAUCACUGCCCUUGCAAAUAUUGCAUCUACAACCACACGCACAGAUAUCACCCUCUCUUCCAUCAAUGCUCUCAUCAAAGUAUUUCAGAAAGACGUCAAUCAUGCGAAUACGCAUAGUGCUGAGAGUCUUUUGUCCGUCUCCAGGUUUUUGGACGACCUGCAAGUGUCAAUGGCUGGGGUAGGCAACACCAACGAUCAAAUCGCCAAAUUUGACGGUUCAUUCUCGCAAAAGGUCGAAGAGCUUCUUGACAUACAGAAGCACAUGCAACGAAUACUUCUCGGCAACGAGGACGAAUAUAUCUGGAAACAGGAUGUAGGAGUCAAAGCGUCUGUCGAGGAGCUUCGAGGUGAAGUCGAGGAUAUGAUGGACCGGAAUACAGAGUCGCUCAACGAAUCCACCGAGAAGACCAUCGAGGCCAUCAAGAACUCGAACCCAACCCCCCUCAUUGAAGAGUUGAAAACAGCACUUGCCGCUAUGACCGAGAGAAGUCUUCAAGCUUUAAGGGAUGCUGAUCCAAACGAAUCCCUCAAAAAGCUUAGGAUUGAAAUUGCCGAAUCGGCUCAAAAGACUGUAGAAGCUAUCAAACAUGGCAGCUCUGAGCCCACUGAAUACUUUAGAGCCGAGGUUAAGGAUCUAUUAGAGAAGUCUUUAACAUCUAUUGAUUCAAAGGCCGAUACAGAAGGGGUAACAGAACUUCUCAUUAGUAUGAAGCGAGAGCUAAGGGAGCUUCUUGCCAAAUCGACUGCAUCGAACUUGAGUGAGUCUGUGGAAGUGAAGCUUGCCAUCCAGACAGUCAACGCAGAGAUGGAGGCACUGCUUGAGAAGUCACUUAGUUCAGCAAUGUCACUCACUUCCUCUCAUGCUGAUAAAAAAACCAGCGCUGCGAUCUCGGGGUUGAAGACUGAGAUCAAUGACAUCAUGUUUAAAGUAGUUACUAUUGCGGAUAAACCAGACAGUUCGGAGAAAAUUCAAGAGUCGAUUGAAAUUCUCAAGUCGGAGAUCACCGAUCUUGUGGAUAAGUACACAACCGCCCUUGCUCCUUCAACGAUCCAUCCCGAAGCAGAGGAGAUCAAAGCUUGCAUUAUUUCACUGAGCAAAGAUCUAUGCGAUGCCGUGGAGCGAACGGUGGCACUCGCCAAUGAAUCUUCGGCUGAAUCUAACCUCACAAUCAAGACAACAAUCGAAGAACUCCGAAGUGAUAUUGGCGAGUUGGGUAAGUCAAUGGCAGCAGCCGUGACUAUCAGUUCUGCUUCCAGCGUUGAGGAAUCAAUUAAGAACGCAUUCGAACUGAUGAGAGAUGAAGUUCUUGAGAAAAUUGAAAAAUCGACCGCUUCUUUUGGGAUGAAUGACAAGAUGGCCGCAGCUAUCGAAGAACUCAAGAAGGAAGUCAAUGAGGCAGUAAAAAACAGCAUCUCCUUAGCUGUCGCUGCUGUUCCUGAGGCUGAUCUCAUCAACAAGGCACAUGAAGCCCUCGAACGCCUCAAGGAGCAAAUUUCAAACAUCAUGGACAAGUCAUUAGCUACAGUAGGAUCCGGGCCCGCAACUAUUAGGAACAUUGUCGAAGGUCUACAAAAAGAAGUUGUUGAGAUAACGGAGAAAACGACAUCUAUGCUCGCCCCAUCAGUAUCGGAGAAGAGGACCAAGAAACUACUUGCGGAUAUCAGGAAAGAUAUAGUCGACAUGCUCAAGGAGACACCAUCGCCCAAGUCUAGUAUCGAUGCUGUAAAGAAAGCCGUGGACGAGCUCCGCAGAGACGUUUUAGACAUUCUUGAAAAGUCCAUUUCAACGGCCCCUGCUCCGGCUAGUGGUCCCGAUGCCGAAGCUACCGUCGACCCGAGUGCCGUCGAAAGAAUUGAGAGCACUAUCUCUGAGCUCAAGACAGACAUCAGCGAAAUGGUAGAACGAAGUCUGGCCGCUGCUAUUGCAAACUCUACCUUUGACUCGGAAGAGAGCGUGAAGGAGGUAAUCGAGGAGCUAAAGAAGGAUGUACGUGAUAUCCUUCAAAUGUCCAUCGUACCAAUCGGCCCAGCAAAAGAAGACACCGUCGGCCUAGUCAAAAUGGCUUUGGAAAGUUUCAAAGAUGAGCUCGGAGCUAGUUCUACAACAAAGGAUUCUAACGGAUUGAUGGAAGCAAUUAUAGAGCUGAGGACUCAUGUGACUGGGAUGAUGGAGAGGUCUAAAGAUGAUGAAAUAAGAGGUGUUUUGGAGGCAUUGAAGAUUCAGGUUGAAAGGUUUUCUGGGAGUAUUGCUGGCGGGGCGGCAAAUGAGGGAGUCAAUGCGUUGAGGAAAGAGGUUGAGAGGCUGGCAGAAAAAUUUGGUUCGACAGCAAAAGAGAUGAAAGAUGCGGUAGAGGAGUUGAAGGCGAAGGAAUCAAAGCAGCUUCAAGUGCUUCAAAGUUCCAAUGAUGUCGAAGUAAAAGCGGCUAUCGAAACUCUGGCGAGUGAGGUCAAAGGGCUGGGGAUAAAAGACACCGUGGAUACUCUCAAGGCCCAAAUCCAGGAGCUGUCUGAGAAGUCAAAGGACGAAGAGAUUAAAGAAGCUAUCGACUCGCUGAAGCAAGAUAUUGAACAAUCAUUGGACAGAUCUAUAUCUGCUCUCGUCACCCCCAAAUCGGAGAAUGUCCCGGUAAUGAAAGAAAUGAUCGAUACCCUCCGAAAAGAAUUAUUACAAUCCGUCGAAAAAGGGUUCGGGGCCUCCAAAGACUUCGAAGCUGUUCGGGAAUUGACAAAAGCUGUCCGGGAACUUAUGGAAAGACCGAUCAAGUUUGGCAGUGACGCCGGCAGCGACCAACCUCCUGUGUUUGAUAAAGUGGAAUACAGAGUUACCGAUAAACCUGGUGACAAGGCGGACAAGCUUAAGGUUGCAGUUGAUGUCCUUAGGAGAGAGUUCUUGGAGAUGAUGGAAAAGUUUUCUGGAAUUGUUAGCACAUCAGUAUCGGCUCCUGAAUCUGAACAGGCGUUUGAGGACAUGAGGAAUGCAGCAUUCGAGGUUAAACAGGCGACCUUCGAAGUAAAGAAGUCUCUGGGUUUGAUAUCAAAAGGACAGGCAGAAGAGAAUGAGGCAAUUUCUGAUAUCAGCUCUGCCGUUGGUGAAUGUCGGGUCGAGGUAGCUGUGGUGAGAACUUUAGUCGAGGAAAAGAACACCGAAGUCAAAGAGGGUGUUUCAGUUGUCGCAAAAGCUGUCAGUGAAUCCAAUGUUGAGAUGAAGGAAUUGGUGGCCGAAGUCAAGGAUGGUGUCGAAAUACUUCAAACAGUCACCACUGAAGGCAUUCUUGGCGUUUCCAGUGUGGUCUCCGAAUUCCAAUCUGAGACAAAGGAAGGACUUUCUGGAAUUAGCGACAGUAUUUCUGGGUUCCAAACAGAGACCAAAGAAAGCAUUGUUAAUAUCAACACUUCUAUCACGGAUCUCAAAUUCGAGGUGAAGGAAGAUAUUGCCGGUGUUAAGCACAUUGCGUCCGAAAUUCAGCUGGGAACGACUGGAAGCAUUAACGAUAUCAACAAAGCGAUUUCUGGGAUUCAGACUGAGACUAAAGAAGGAAUCAGUGACGUAAAGGGUGUUGUUGAGGACAUGAAGGCGGUGGUCGAGGAAGAGAUUGAAGCGGUUAAGAAGGCGGUUGAAGGUUCGAAGGUAGAGACCAAGGAGGCAGCAGUCGGUAUUGAAGCGAAGAUCGGAGCAUCGGAAGCUGGACUCAAGGCCGCUAUUGAAGAAUCUAGAAGCAUGGUUCAAGAGAACAUCGACAGUGUGAAUGCUGCAGUUGAAGGAUACAGCAUAGAAGUCAAGGAGGAUGUGUUCGCUGUGAAGAACGCUGUUGAAGAAUCUCAUACAACCACCGUUCAGGAACAUCACAAGACUCAGAAGCAAGUCCAGGAAGUCAUGGGUCUCGUGGAUGUAUUGCAAACAGAAUGGAAAGGGUCACAGCCAAACUUGUUCAGUGCGCUCUUGGAGUUGAAGCAUCUUCUUCGGGACGCGCAAGACUCGAUCGCUAAAAAACCAGACUCAAUACCUCCACCACCUGCCUACGACGACUCCCAAACACAAGAGAAGCUAAAUAUAUUGUUAGCGGCCGAGACCAGGACUGCAAAACACCUGCCGCAGCUAGAUCUUCUGACCUCCAUUCAGCGGCAAGUCUCUACUACUUCAGCAGAUAUCGCGGAGUUUUUAAAUAUGCAAAAGGAAGUUCUCCUCGAGGAUGCGACUUCUAAAAUUGACGCCGCCCGGCAGGCCGAAAACGACUUGGAGAAAGCCAACACAGAAAAAAAAAUUGUCGAGGCAGCGACAGCCACACUUCGAGAUGAACAUGCAAAUCUUCAGGAUUCCAUUGAGGUUUUGAAGGAUGAAACAGAGCUACUUAACUCUCGGAGGCUUAAACUUACUGCGGAGGUUGCUGGUCUCGAGACCGCGCUUGAUUUGAGGAGGGAUGAGUUGUUGUUGCUUGAAGCCAGAGCCGAAGGUCUAGAGCGACGAGUUAUUGAGGGCGUCAUCGAACAAUCCCGAGCACUCCUCUCCAAACCACGUUCGAAUAGCUCUCGCCUAUCAAAAGCCGGUGUUGAGGCUAUUAGGAUGAAGGCCCAGCAUAGCCCUAUUCCUCGAGCUUCCGCUGCGCCUGGAAGACGUCAUCUUUCUUUGAAUGAAAUUCCCGGCGAUAUCCCAAGCACCACAAACCCCACAAAACCUACUAGAGGCAUCAGCGGUACCAUUUUAGGCUUGGGGCAGCAUGAGUAUUCUGCCAGUCUUGGACUGCUAUCAAGGAGUCAAUCUACCAGGAGUGUUCGUGGUACCCGCAAGAGCAGUUGGAACCUGAAGAACGGUAGAACGACCUCUGGGAAUGAAAAAGAAAAUGAAAGGGAGUCGCCGGUGGAAGAGGAGGAGAUUGAUGAUAUCAAUGGGGACGAAGGCGAUCAUGUGGAUAUUCUGAGGGAUGGAUUGAUGGAAGAGGAGGAGGAGGAAGAGGAGGCAGAAAAUGGAUUCGAUGAAGGAAGAAGGAGCAGUAGCGGGAGUGUUAGGAGGUUUGCAGAUGAAGAGGAUAAUAAGGGUAACGAGAGCUCUAAGCGAAAGAAGAACUAUCCGGCUCUGGGUCUCGAUUUCUCGGGUGAAGGGAUUGAUAGGAGAGAUCUCAACAGGCAUAGGACGCCUAGUGGUGAUAGUACAGGGCCUUAG